GGACUUGAAGAGGUUGUGUCUACAGGAGGAUGGUCGCAACCGCAGCUGGUGGAGUACCUGGCAGCCCUUCAUGUGGGCGCUGUUUGAGGACCCCUACUCCUCGAAAUACGCCAGGUAUGUGGCGUUCGGCUCGCUCCUGUUCAUCCUCAUCUCCAUCUCAACAUUUUGCUUGGAGACACACGAGGCCUUCAACACCAUCUACAAUAAGACAGAGAACGUGACGGUGGGGAACGUCACGCGGGAGGAGGUUGUGUUUGAGGUAGUGACUGACAACUGGCUGACCUACGUGGAGGGCGUAUGCGUCAUCUGGUUCACCAUCGAGGUGUUCGCCCGUGUCAUCUUCUGCCCGGACAAGGCCGAGUUCUUCAAGAGCUCGCUGAACAUCAUCGACUUUGUAGCCAUCCUGCCCUUUUACCUGGAGAUGGCACUGAGCGGCCUCUCUUCUAAAGCGGCGAAAGACGUGCUGGGCUUUUUGCGCGUGGUUCGAUUCGUCCGAAUCCUGCGAAUCUUCAAACUCACGCGCCAUUUCGUGGGGCUGAGAGUGCUGGGUCACACGCUCCGUGCCAGCACCAAUGAAUUCUUGCUCCUCAUCAUCUUCCUUGCUCUCGGAGUGCUCAUCUUCGCCACCAUGAUCUACUACGCCGAGCGCAUCGGUGCCGACCCCGCCGACCCCACGGCAAGCGCCCACACCACCUUCAAAAACAUCCCCAUCGGCUUCUGGUGGGCAGUGGUCACCAUGACGACACUGGGCUAUGGUGACAUGUAUCCAGAGACAUGGUCUGGUAUGUUAGUCGGUGCCCUGUGCGCCCUGGCGGGCGUGCUGACCAUCGCCAUGCCUGUGCCCGUCAUUGUAAACAACUUCGGCAUGUACUACUCUCUGGCAAUGGCCAAGCAGAAGCUGCCCAAGAAGAAGAACAAGCACAUCCCGCGGGCUCCGCAGCCUGGAUCGCCCAACUACUGCAAGCCAGAUGCCCUGGCCAUGGCCACUGCCUCGCCACACAGGAUCAUGGACUCAAAACAGAAUGGAGAUGCUGCAAACGCAGCUCUGGCUAAUGAGGACUGUCCCACCAUAGAUCAGGUGCUAGGGCCAGAUGACAGGAGUCCGGCCACCAGUGGGUUGGGGACAUGCACAGGGCGUGAACGUUUCCCCCACGAUAGGGCCUGCUUCCUUCUCAGUACCGGAGAGUUCCGCACCACAGACAGCAAUGUCAGGAAAGGUUGUGUCGUGUCAUGCGUUUCUGCUGGUUACGAGAAGUCCCGCAGCCUCAAUAACAUCUCGGGGAUGACAGGGGCCCCCCUGCGCUUGACCCCCAUCACCCCCAUCAACAACCCACCCUAUGAGCCCUACGAAACCCCCGGCCCCCUGCGCCGCUGCCGAUCCCCCAUACCCUCCAUUCUGUAGCACAUCUUAGGGAACGACGACAAAAUACGCACCAUCAUACCGCAAUAGUAUUAAUAAUCACAAUAACGAUGCUAAGUAUUCACACCUCUGCUCCUCCAUUGACUGGACAGGGUGGGGGUACACAGCACUCUUUUUAAUAUGUCAUGCCUCAAAGGGAGUGGGAUGAAUUUGUUUAGGGAUUUAGAGCUUUAAGUACUAAAAUGACUUCAUCGCAUAUACUUCAGGCAAUAUUUCAGACAGGCAACUAAAAACAAUUAUAUGCUGUAACGUAAGCGGAUUAUGCCUUAUCAAAGAUGAAAAAAAAGAAGCACUGAAUAUUAUUAGGAUAAAACUCCUCACUGGUCCAUAGACAGCGACGAGCACCCUGUAGGAAAUCUACCCCUGUAGUUGAAUGACAGUAGUUGGCUUUUCCUCAUGUUCCUGCCUGAUUGCUGGUUGUAUAAAAAAAAAACACGAGACUGUGAUCCAGCAGGCUUAUUCAUUGAGUACUAGUCACUGAGAUCAGCUUUGAUACACCAUAAUAGGCCUUGAAAAUCCACUUCAUAUCAAAGCUUGGAAUGAUAAAGGUCAUAGGUCACAGACAACAUGCAAGUAGUUCAAGUGCAUGCUAGAAAAGACGUCAGUUAGGCAAGUAGAAUAUAACUAAACUCCCAAUCACCCUUAACUGCUAUGAGGAUAUGAAAAUAAACGCACCAUAUGCUGGACUGAUUUGAACUUCUAAUUAAGCCCUGAUUUGACUGUGAUGAAGGAGUUUUUGGUGAUUCAGGCCAUAGAACAUGAUGAGUAUUAUGAUUAUGAUAAACACAAGGACCAUCUUUAAUCACACACUAAGUAUUUCCUACAGCAACAUUAGUUGUCACUCGAUAUUUUAAACUAUUAAGUCACACCGUUAUUAUAAUUAUGCUCUAUUUAGGACAAAGACAAAUGUUUAAACCAUUUUAGUGCAAUAUCAACUAUUAUGAUGAUCUCUGACCCUGAGAAGCUGGAGAUAAAUCCUGCAAACUUUACUAUGUGCAACUAUUAACUUUAACAACUGUUGUAAACUAACAGAGAGACCGAGAACUGAUCAUUAUUUAAAAAAUAAGCUAUUUUUGUACUAAGCAUUUGGACAUUGCGAUUCGGAUCGGGGUUUGGAGUUGCGCUGGCGGCUUUGAGUUGACAUUUUGGGAGGACAGGAUAUCGUGCUGUUGCAUGGAGAUCUACAAUUAACGUUUUGGUUUUUGUAUUUUGACUCUCUGCAUAUUCAACACCAAGUACCACGAAAUUAAAAGAGCAGUGGUCUGGACAAAUGGCGGGAAAAAAUAAAUAAAUAAGGAGGAGCCAUUCCUAUUAAGGGCCUAUAACCUUCUGCACUUCUUCGGGACCCUUUUCAGUUUGUAUACUAGUGCAUGAAGGAACUGUCUUUAAAAUAUAUCCUUUCCUUAUUAUGGUAUUUCCUCAUUAAUAUGAAGACAUAUCAAGCUGAACUGCACUCCUCACUGCAUAUCCACAUAUCCUGGGGCUGUGGUGAACCAGACAGUGGCCUCUAUGUUUCCCUACAAAGGGCAAGAAUUAGCUGGACCUUUUCAUCAUCAUCACUGGCAUUGCCUUCCCUCAUCAUAAUCAUUUUCUGAUUACUGUUAUUCCUAUCAUUUGAAUGCAGUAGAAAAUCAGUUCAGUUUGUUUUCUCUUUGGUCCUCUUCUUUUCUUUCUCUGUUCCUUUUUUUUUACCUGCUCUGUCUCUUGGAUGCUGACCUUCGUUCCAA